UUCACAUGUUCACGUUAGAUUUGCAAAAGUAGCUAUAAGCUUUCAGACGCGUCCGAACCAAAACGUUCAAACUUUUUUCACGUCAAGUGGAAAAAACAUUAUUCUCACGGGCGGAAAGAAGUAAAACAUUUCAAUAUAAAAGCACUGUUCAUUAUAACGCAAAAAGGUCGUGCGCUCAAGUCAUGCGUACCUACAUUUAAGUUCAAUUUGUUAUACGUUCCAAAUAAGAAAAGGACAUAGACAAGUGUUAUAUUUUUGCAUUAUUUUCAUACUAAAUGACCCGACAAAUGGUUGUUUGUUUUGAAGGCUACAACCGGAAAUAAUGGGAUACAUUUGCUGUACUUUACAAAGAAUGGUUUAGUGCUCGUACGAAGUUUUGAGAGUGUUUUGUUUGUCAAUGACGUCAGUUAUACGCCGUUUUCUUGGGGAGAAGUGUUGAAUUGUUUCUCAGUGACGAUGGACAUAGAGAUGUUGCAAAAUGACCAUAUUUAUUGCUCCAAUCAUUCUAAUGUGUGAGCACACCGAAGCUCACCAUGCUCCCAUCUGGAGGUCCACUCUCUUCUUCAGCUCUUCCUGGUCCAACACUCAGUCAUUCAGCAGGCAUGUUCUACGUUCGCGAGCGGCGGACCACACUCACCCGGAACAACCCUGGACACUCACUUCCACAGUUUCAGAGUGUGGCGCCACCAACUGAGUUUGGAGUGAAAUUUUACAAGUGUGCAAAGGUGGACUACAGCUGGAACCCUCCUCUGCUGACCUUCUUCCUGCUCAUUCACAACACGGGUCCCUUCGGAGGCACCAACCUCUCCCAGGUGGCAGUCAGAGACUCCAUAUCUGGAUUGGUCCCGGUGAGAACCGAUGGAAGGGUGGUGGAAAAGGGAUACCAGAUGUUUCGGAUCGACGUUCUGUCUGGUGGGUCUCUCGUUCUUCUCAACUACACGGCUCAAGUGAAAAGCUUCUGGGGUGAAGUUAAACUUCCUGCUUUUCUCACCUUCUCCAACCGUUCUCAGAAUGAUGUCAGCAUGUUUGGGUUAACAGCCUAUCUAUCCUUGAACGCAAAUUCAACCAAUCGGGUGGAGCCCAGCCAUGGUGUUCAUUUUGCAGGGUUUUUGUGUGGGCUUUUCCUAACAGUGAUCAUGCUCUUGCUGUUCUUCCUGGCCCGGAACUUCAUUUGCUCCGGAACAAGAAGGACACAGCCAAGGGAAUGCCGGAGAGAUUCUGAUCCAGAGUAUGCUGACUGCAGAGUUAGCGAGACCAUCAAGGAAGAAGCCAUGUUUGAGGACAAGAUGGUGGACAUCAUGUUGCUGGAGGAUCCGCAGAACAUGUAUCGCGCGUUGGACACUCUUGAAAUGUCUUCCCUGCUCCAAACCACUAACUGCCUGGAGGCCACCCGUAUCCAAAUCUACAAAGAUGUGAUAGCAGUCAUUCUGGAUGGUGUGACGGCUGAAGACAAGACCAACCUCCAGGUGAGGCAGAGGCUGCUUGGCGUGCUCCAUGAACAGCGGUUAGGCAUGGAGGGCCGCCUGAAGGAGGAGAGAGCAAGUCAGAUGGCCGCCCUGGCAAGUCAAUGCAACCAGGAAACCCGUGAAGAGAUGGAGCUGGAGCAUCAUAGGCAGGAUGCUGAGAAGACCAGAGCAGAGUUGCUGUGUCAGCAUGCAGAUCAGCAGGAUGCUCUCCAGUGCCGGAGCCUGCUGGAGAAGCUCCACAAACUUAGCCAGAAUCACCUGCAGAGACUCCUGUUGGUUCGACACGAAGAAGCGUCUGCAAAAGUCCAGCGGCAGACCAUUGAAUGGCGUCGCAUGGAGCUUCACAAGAUCUUUUCUGAGGAGUUGGAGGAAGCCGUUAAGAAGGGGGACGUGGAGAAAGGCACAGCUAUGAGUGUCCAGCUCAGAUACUUUGAAUGCCAGGACCAAUUGGAGGAGGUUCUAGACGUUGUCCUUGCCAACUUGCGCUGUGUGAUUGCAGAGCGCCACGCACAAAGAAAGUUUUUGAUUCACAGCCUUCAAAGUCUGAACAGUCUGAUUUGUGAUACCUUCUCCAGCACCUCAAGCCACUUGGAAAGCUGGUUCUCUCACAUCAGGAUGGGGAGCUCUUUGUCGUCUGAAGUGAUGGACCAUCUGCAGGACAGGUCUCAGAAAGAGCUGUUAGUGGUGAGACAGAGGUUGGAGGAAGCUCUGGCGCAGGAGAGGAGACCCAUGCGUUGUGAAUUGAUCAAGAAGAGGAGAGACCUGAUCUCAGACUUGCUGAGGGUCCACAAGCAGAGACAAAAGGAUCUCUCCUGCCUUUUGAAGGAUGAAAAAGGCCCAAGAAAAGUGGACAGACUUUUGGAAAGCUGGCAGGAUUUACUCAGAGCUAACAGCUCAGAGCUAGCGGACCUCAUUAACAGUCUGGACGAGGAGGCCGCUGCCGACAUCCGAAAGGCGACCAUGCGUGUGAUCCAGAGUUCAGUAGCAGAGGUCAAAGCGGUUCAGACGUCCACUCGGGAGGCUUUGCUACGAGUCCUUCCUCAAGGGGAGCAGGGUUUACUCCAUCAGGAGGACCAAGAGGCGCCUUCUGGAGCAAGCCAGGGGUCAGGCCAUAAUACCCUUCUGCAGUGUCAGGAGAAGAUCAAGCGUGAAGGUGAAGCUGCUUUUGAGACUCUCAGUCGAACCAGACAAACUCUGCUGGAAGCCCUGAAUAGAGAGCUGCAGGAGCAGAAGGACAUCAGAGCUCUGUUCCGAAAGUUUUUCAGGUGUUUGUGUGCAUCGCAGCUGACUCUGUCUGAAGAAGACAAGCUGAGGAUGAGACAAGAGUUCCAGAAAUGUUUUUCAGUCAUGGAUCACUGCCUUGUUUUGCCACACGCUGUCACCAAAACUAAACUUCUCACUGCAUUGACUUCAUGGAGGAAGGACUUUGAGCAAAAGAUGUCGACCAGAGCGUUGGAGAGCGGUCAUAAACCAGACACUACCGACUUGCUUGGAUUCCAGGAAAAUAUACGGGAGAAAAUUCAACUGUUUGAAAAGCAGAAGGAGAUGGAGAGCAUGGUUUUAAAUGAGAUCAUGUUGGACAUGGGACGAGAGAGAGAAGAGGCCCUGCGCUCCCAGACAGUCAGCUUAGCCAUUCAGAUGGCUGCGAUUGUCUAUCAAAAGGCCCAACGCAGAGCCAGAGCUGUGGCGACUUCAAGUGCCGUGCUUACUCUCAUCCGUCUCCUCAUCCAUCAGCUCAGAGAGAGGAAGAGUCUGGACACACCGGAAGUGGCUAAGGGUAUAGAACGUCACUGUUGGGGCUUGGAAGAAACAAAACAUCAGAAGGACAGCAUGGCACUGGAUCAAGGUGCAAAUGCCUCUAGUGAUAAAGCUGAUGGAAACUCAACAGAAGAGCAGGUGGAUGGUCUGAAAGAAACACUGUUUCAGCUGCAGCCAGAGAGCAGGAUGAUGUCCAUUCUUCAAGAUGCACUUUUCAAAUGUGAUGGUGUCUUAACGUUUCUGAGUGAGAGGUCACAACAAAUGACUGCCUGUGAGCAGACUACUGAAGAAUGCAAGGAAGAAAUCAAGUUCCAGACCCUUCAAGCUCAUUGUGAUCAGGAUAUUAAGUUGGCGUCCACACUAGUCCAACUGAAUCAGGAGACGAAUGACGUUGUCCUGGGAGUGCUGCAUCUUCUCCUGCCUGCAGUGUCUCAAAGCCAGCUGCUCUCCGUGGCAGAUGCCAUUUGUCCCAGCGGACACCCAACGUCGCAUCAACAACAUUUAGGGUUUCCCGUGGCCGGGAGUCAUCAGCUUGCGGUCGCCCUGAGGGAAAACAUUCUGCAACUAAAUAUGCUGCACACAGCCAGCUGCUCUGCAGCCAUGGAGAGACGACUGCGACGGAGAAGUCUGAUGGACAAACUCUUGCCCAGUUCUCGGCGAGACGAAGACAAGCUUGAUGGUUUGAUGGAGGCAGUUCCUCUCUCUGUCACCCAGCCCAACGCAGAUCAGCAGCAGAGUGAUCCUGCGGCGGAGAUGAUCCAGACUGGAGCUUUAAAGCUCUUCGCACAAGACAGCGUGGUGGACCAUGCUGGGGAGAGGCUGUUUGUGUUUCAGGACAGCCUGAGGUCAGAGGACAUGACGGGAUCUGCCAAGAGAAAAAGGAAGAGAAACUUCCUUAACUGGAAGAAAAAUCUGGUGACUCCAGAACUUCCUCAGUGAGAGUUGCACAACACUGGCUGUGGACUUGGACUUUGUGUGGAAUUUAGGAACGAGCUUUGCCAGAAGGCAAAGUGGUCCUAUGAAUUAAUGAUGGCUCCUCUGUAGUGAUAAACUUCAUUUUCCACUGCAUGUCUGGGUUCAGGUCGGAGAGGCAGCACUCACAGUGAAGAGUCUGAGACUGUCUAAGACUGUGUCCUGGGUCCGCCCGUGGAACUCCCCCUACCUGGAGGAAUCAACACAUUUCAGGCCUUGUUGUUCCUGUCUCUCCUCUAACACAUUGUUUCAGUAGGAACAAAUCUGGAGGCCACUCCUGAGGUGUGGAAUAUAAGUGUCUACUGUGAAGAUUGUGAGCUUACAUCACUGGUUUAACUUUGCUGUCAGUUAUAUGUAGCACCUCAUGUGGCUCUGUCAGCGAAGCACAGAGUCACAUGAGGUGACUAAAAAGUGGCACAACCCUGACUUCCAUCCAUGUUGUGUUUCUACUUCUAAAUCGAGAGCUUUGCCUUUUGGCUCAGCUCCUCCUUUACCAUCUCAGACCGGUACUCACUCCAACCACCUGGCACUGCUGUUCACCUGACGUGUCUGAUGGAUCAAGCUGCCGCAUACACUGAUGCUCAAACACACUGUUGACCUCUGAGUGUUUGUUUGGCCCAUUAGCACUCGGGACUUGUUGCCAGUCCAAAGACAGUAGACUUUAAACUUCCUAAGGAGUAGUCAAAAUGAACCACCAAAGCACCAGCAUCUUACCUAUAUGACAGCGCUGUCAGGCAAAGAACAGCAAAAUAGCCGAUGCCUGGUCAGCCUUUUACAGGUGGAACAUCAGUGAAACACCAGUGGGCAUUGUGUGUUUAUGGUAUGGAAGCUGGAGUUAAUGUAAAGGUCUGUCUUUUUCAAGAGCUUAACCUGUGUUACGACUGCGAGACAGACAUGUUGAAUCGCUACAGUGGUGUGUGUUUUUCGCAUCGAUGUGGAGCACUGCAGAGACCACACAGUAUAAUCGAAGGUCUUCUAAUGAUGCCACGAUGUCAUCACUCUAUAAUAUAUUGUGUUGUCUUUUGAUUUUUUUACAUGAGGUAUGACAUUUUUAUUUCUCCCUGAAGAUAUUCCUGCACGCAAGCCUGAUGUUCAGGCUGCCAGCGAGAGGUUUAAUGACUAUAACACAUGGUUUGAUGACAACCGUUUUUAAACUACUUUUUCAACUGCAGAGAACUUGUUUGGGCCAAAUGGAAAAGCUGCAAUCUUGCUCAUGUUCUGCGCAAAUGGUGAUUUUGUGGUUUGGUAUCGGACCAAGUUGGCUCCCUGAACUCAAGGAAAACAAGAUUGUAUCAUAAAUAUCAGGCACAUUUGGCCAAAUAUCUCUGUGAAAGUAGCCGGUUGUACUGAGUCGUCAACAUCAUUCAUUACUCGUGCAACAGCAGCUUUAAGGGAUAAAAUAUUUUUUGAGAACAUUUUGCUGAUGUGUUUUUAAUCAAUGAAAAGACAAGCAACAAGAUAAGACCUACAUUACACAUCGGGGAAAUUCAAAUGCUGCGUUUGGGAAAAUAACGUUAAAAAGUGGAGAAACAGUGCUGAGAAAAUAAACAAAAAUAAAAAAUAUAUAUAUAUACAUAUAUAUAAUAAAUAUAUAAAUAUUAUAUAUAAAAUAAGCUCUAAUGUAAAAUAAUUAAAUGUAACUAUAAUAAUCAUGGUUUUGCUUUCAUACUUUUUGGAGUUUUUUGUAUUGUAUUUUAUUAUCAUUAUUAUUAUUAUUCUCAUUUUUGUCAUUGUCCCCUCUGCAAGUGUGGGGCAGUAUGAGUGACAUUGUUAUAUUUAGUUUUAUUCAUUUUUUUUUUUUUUACCAUUUAAAUGAAUUAGCAGUUAUAGCUUCAUGUUUAUUUUCCAUUAUUCAUUUCUACAUUGAGUGUUUUAGUUUCCCAGUUAUGGCACGCCCAGUAUUCCAUAUAUGAAAUACAGAUUUUCAUGAUUGUACAACCGGUGAUUAUCUGUCACAUGUUGAAAGUGUGCUAGAGAUUCUUGAUGGGACUUUUGAAGCAACUGUGACUGCUGUUCGACUCUUUUGAAACAUGCACACACUGAUCGAUUAUCAUGAAGGCAUCCAAUUCAGAGUCAAACACGUGGUUUAGGAUGAGGCUAAACCAGUGUUGCAGACAGCUUAAUUUAUUUAUGUUCAAAACUGAUUUAUUUUUUCAUGUAUUCAUGUCACU